AUAAGUUUGACUGGGACAUUUAAAAGUUGUUUUCCUGUAGUUUCCUGGUUUUGAAUGUUCUUGUUGUUGUUUUUUCCCUUUUCCCCCUUCAGGGCCCAAGCAAAAAAGGCCGCUCGCAUGUGCAAAUAUGAAGAUCCACUUUCCUUCCUGAGAAGCACGCGCCUCUCAAGGAAUGCAUGGCAAACCCAAGUAUUAGUCUUCCGUCUCACCAUCUUGUCCUUGGACCCCGCCUUAACACUCGCACAGAGCAAGAGCAAGAGCAAGAGAGAGAGAGGCCAAGAAACCGGCCUAAUCUGGAUCAAGAAUAAUAAAAAAUGCCAAGACGCUUGCAAAAAGUACGCCAUGCGAUUGAAAUCCAGCUGAGCAAUCCUAAAUCAUAUACUUUAGACCGCGCCAACAAAAAAUACACUUCGCCCCA